AAAUAGCUGCCCACGCUCUUGGCCAUCCUCACUGCCUAAAAGUUCUCUUUGCUGCCUAGUUUGCGAGCGAGGAAAUAGGGAGGGAGUUACUUAAUGGCGCCCCCGGCAAUGGAAGAGAUCAGGAGAGCUCAGAGGGCGGAGGGGCCGGCGACGGUGCUCGCCAUCGGAACCUCCACGCCGCCGAACGCUUUGUAUCAGGCGGACUAUCCGGAUUACUACUUCAGGAUCACCAAGAGCGAGCAUCUCACUGAGCUCAAGGAGAAGUUCAAACGAAUGUGUGAUAAAUCGAUGAUCAGAAAGCGCUACAUGUACUUGACAGAAGAAAUACUGAAGGAAAAUCCAAACAUAUGCGCAUUCAUGGCGCCAUCACUAGACGCUAGACAAGACAUAGUGGUCACCGAAGUCCCAAAACUCGCCAAAGAGGCCUCCGCCCGCGCCAUAAAGGAAUGGGGACAGCCCAAAUCUCGCAUCACUCAUCUAAUCUUCUGCACCACCAGCGGCGUAGACAUGCCCGGUGCCGACUACCAACUCACUCGCCUCCUCGGCCUCCGCCCAUCCGUUAAUCGAAUCAUGCUUUACCAACAAGGUUGCUUUGCCGGCGGCACCGUCCUUCGCCUUGCCAAAGACCUCGCCGAGAACAACGCCGGCGCGCGGGUUCUCGUCGUUUGUUCAGAAAUCACAGCUGUUACGUUCCGCGGCCCGUCGGAAUCCCAUCUCGAUUCUCUCGUCGGGCAGGCUUUGUUCGGCGAUGGGGCUGCAGCUAUUAUAGUUGGAUCUGACCCUGACUUGACUACUGAACGACCGCUUUUCCAACUUGUGUCGGCUUCUCAGACCAUUCUGCCGGAGUCCGAGGGCGCCAUUGAUGGCCAUCUACGCGAGAUGGGACUAACCUUCCACCUACUGAAAGACGUCCCAGGCUUGAUCUCUAAAAACAUUCAAAAGAGUCUCGUGGAGGCAUUCAAGCCGCUUGGUAUUCACGACUGGAAUUCGAUCUUCUGGAUUGCGCAUCCGGGCGGUCCGGCGAUACUCGACCAAGUUGAAAUUAAGCUUGGGCUAAAGGAAGAGAAGCUUGCGUCGAGCAGAAACGUGCUUGCGGAGUAUGGCAAUAUGUCCAGCGCGUGUGUGCUUUUCAUACUUGAUGAAAUGAGACGGAGGUCGGCGGAGGCGGGGCAGGCUACCACCGGCGAGGGGUUGGAGUGGGGAGUACUGUUCGGAUUUGGCCCGGGGCUUACGGUAGAAACUGUUGUGCUACGCAGCGUUCCGAUUGCUGGUGCGGUGUGAUGGAUCCAUGACCAUGUUAAGAUUAGUAGAGUUUGAUCUUUUGCACUGUUUUUUUUUUAGUAAUUAUUAUUAUUAUUAUUAUUAUUGGCUAGUAAAGUUUCUGGUUUAUCUAAAUGGGUAGUGCUGGAUUGGGUGGAACUAUAAAGGGUGGUGGGGAAAGGAAUGCCGAUCAAUUUGUUAUAAACGUUAAUACUGUUUCUUUUAUGUUAUAUAUAUGUGGCCAUGGUUCUAUUUUUAUAAUAAAGAAGUCUUAUGAAUCUUUUUUGC